AAAUAUUCUAGUAUUCUAUGUUCUGAGAAGAAAACAACAAAUAAUUAACCAAACAAUUAUCUUAUCUACCAAUCCCACAGACCACCGGUCAUUAAUGUUUUCAAAGUAUAUGUUGCUCCAAUCUGAUAUUUCAUGAUUCAUCUUUAGCCAAAUACAUAGUAAGUAAAUACUAGUGUAUCAGAAGAUUCAAUAUGUUUGAGGCUCAGGAAAUAAAUGCAGAACAUAAGGACUUGAUCCAUGAUGUUGCCUACGAUUUUUAUGGUCAUCGUAUGGCCACUUGUUCCAGUGAUCAGUACGUUAAAGUUUGGGAUCAAACUCCAGAUGGCAAAUGGGUUUUGACUUCUAGCUGGAAAGCCCACAGUGGUUCUGUAUGGAAAGUAACUUGGGCACAUCCCGAGUUCGGCCAAGUUUUGGCAACUUGUUCAUUCGACAGGACAGCCGCAGUUUGGGAGGAAAUAAUUGGGGAAACUAUUGGACCUGGUGAUAGAGGAAUAAGACACUGGAUAAGAAGAACAAAUUUAGUAGAUUCGAGAACCUCAGUCACAGAUGUGAAAUUUGGUCCAAAAUCUCAAGGUCUCCAACUAGCUACCUCCUCAGCUGAAGGUAUAAUAAGAAUAUAUGAAGCUCCUGAUGUUAUGAACUUGACACAGUGGACUUUGCAACACGAAGUUCCAUGUAAAUUGCCAUGUAGUUCACUUAGUUGGAAUUCUACACUUUCAAAGAAUCAUCCUCAAAUGUUAGCUGUGGGAAGUGAUGAUGCAAAUCCAUCUAAUGGUGGUAAAGUAUUUAUUUAUGAGUAUAGUGAAAACAGUAGAAGGUGGAUCAAACUAGAAACAAUACAAGCUGUGACAGAUGCUGUGCAUGAUAUUGCAUUUUCACCUAAUCUAGGAAGAAGCUUCCACGUAUUAGCUGUAGCUACAAAAGAUAUUAGAAUUUAUAAUCUAAUACCUGAUAUAUCUGAUGCAAGUGGAGUUACUAAACUUGACGUGCAAACAGUCGCUCAGUUUGAUAGCCACGGUUGUACUGUGUGGAGAGUUUGCUGGAAUAUUACUGGAACUGUUCUUGCUUCGAGUGGAGAUGAUGGAACAGUUAGAAUGUUUAAAAUGAACUAUGCCAAUUCUUGGAAACCAGUAGCUGUUUUAAAGGGUGAUGGAUCCCAAGUACCUGCCGAGUCCAACAAGAAUGUACAAUCAUCAAAUACAUCUGCUCUUUCCUCUAUAUCUCAAACCGCAAGGUAUAUCAAACUGGGAAGUAUAACAAAUCCUAGAGAAGUAGCUUGGCAUUGAAUCUGAAAUAUUUUACAAUAAUCGAUUCAUUCAUAGUUCCUCUUUGAUACAUACUCAGACAACCGAAUGUACUUUUAUUUUUAUGAAAAAAAAAUUAUCUCCUAAUUAAAAAAACAGUUGUUUAUUGAGCAGAUAUCACCCAAUUUGUAUGUCAUUUCAAUUUUAUCAAAUAUUUGUAACAUUUGUGCAUUUUUGAUGAUUAAAAUAAAAAGCAUUUUCCAAUAA